AUUUAGACCCAAGAACAGUGAAAGAUGUCUGAUCCAAAAGAUAGUGAUUUUGAAACAUCUUCUAAGGACUCAUGUUUCUUUGAGGAAUCUUCUUCAAGCACCGUUAUGACCAACCCUCCAGGAGAUGAAAAGCCACUCAUUACUAAAGAGAUGGAAGCUGAAGAAAAAAAAAUGACAGAAGAGAACCAGAAGGAAGAAGAAAGAAUAAAAAAACAAUACAAAGAGGAGCUGGAAACCCAAGAAAAAUUAGAAAAGGAAGCCAAAUACAAACGGCUAAUGCAUCUGCUGAAUCAAAGUCAGUUCUACACCAACUUUUUAAUGAGAAAAAUCGAAGCUUCGAAGAUAGAAGAAGCUAAACGGGAAGAGGCUAAAAAAAGAGCUGAAGAAAAGAAGAACAACCUUGAAUCUCGCAGUUUGAAAGAAGUCAACGUCGUUGACAAUUCUUCUCCAAAAAAUCAACCUAAGAAAGACCAUGGGACUAGGAACCCACGGAAACGCAGCAAGAUAACUGAUUACAUAGAUCACGAGACGAUCAACAAUGUAAAGAAGAGACGAACAGAUUCAGAUGAGAUUUUAAAGAAACCAGAACCAACCCCUUUGUCGGGUGUUUGCAUCAACUCCAUGGGGUUGGAGGUUUCAGAGAACCAGCCAGUGUUGUUUGAGGGAGGAGUUCUACGAGACUAUCAGCUGCAGGGACUUGAGUGGAUGAAGGCACUGUUUGAAAAUGGCGUCAACGGUAUUUUGGCAGAUGAGAUGGGAUUGGGUAAGACAAUCCAAGUGAUCGCACUGCUUUGCCACCUGAUUGAGAACGGGAUACCUGGCCCUUACCUGAUAGUGGCUCCUCUGUCCACAUUGCCCAACUGGGUCAUGGAGUUUGAACGAUUUGCACCUCAGCUUCCAGUGAUAUUAUUUCAUGGGUCUAAGUAUGAGCGACCGAAAAUGUACAAAAAGCUGAGGACCAAAGUGAGGAUCAAUGAGAAGGUGACUAUUGCCCCGGUGGUUCUUACGUCUUACCAAGUGCCACUAAAGGAGACCAAGUUUAUGUCCACCUUCAACUGGAGGUAUAUCAUUGUGGACGAAGGUCACGCAUUGAAAAACGCCAACACACAGCUGUCACGAUGCCUGAAGUCAUUCAAGUCUGUCAAUCGAAUUCUACUGACCGGAACACCGCUGCAGAACAAUCUGAAAGAGCUGUGGGCUCUGCUCAACUUUCUACUGCCCGAGGUGUUUGAUGGCCUCACCAUGUUUCAAGCCUUGUUUGACAUCGAGGCAGUCACUUCUCAUGAGACGGGGAGUUCCAUCUUGCAGAAAGAGGCAGAAUCUCACAUCCUUACCACACUCCAUCAGAUUUUGACUCCUUUCCUUCUGAGACGAGUGAAGGCGGACGUAGAGUUAAACUUGCCGACCAAGAAGGAAGUCCUGGUUUACUGUCCGAUGACUGAUCUACAGCUUAAACUGUACAAAGCUACCAUUGACAAGGUCAUUGAGACCUUGCUCAAAUCUGACAAGGAAGAAGAUGUGCCAAUAGAUCUUGAUGGUCCGAGAAGGAAAAGAAAAUGUGCUGAACAGAAGAAAGACUAUACAUUCAAGGAUUUUGAUUGGUUUGGAGAAAAUACUCCUCCUGAAGAAGAGGAAGAGCCUCAGGAGAUACUGGUAGAGCCUGGAUUCCACAACAACAUCAAGAUGGUUAAUCCAGAAAUGCAGCUGCGCAAGAUCGCCAACCACCCUUACCUGGUGCAGAUGCCCGUUGAGGUGGUUGAUGGAGAGAGGGUGAUGAAAAGCAGUGAGGAGGUUGUUAGUGUCAGUGGCAAGAUGUUAGCGCUCAACGCAAUGUUGCUUAAACUGAAACAACGAGGACACAAGGUUCUUAUUUUCUCAUUUUUCAAAAUCAUGUUGAACCUCAUUGAGGAGUUUGCUCUGAUGCGUGACUACCGCUACGUUAGACUGGAUGGGAGCGAUAACAUAGAAGAUCGCAAGAAGAACAUCAAGGCAUUCAAUUCAGACCCGAACAUCUUUUUGUUUCUCAUCACGACAAGAGCAGGAGGUCUCGGCCUCAACCUAACAUCAGCUGACACCGUCAUCAUCUUUGAUAGUGAUUACAAUCCCCAAGUUGAUCUUCAAGCAAUGGACAGAUGUCACAGAAUCGGGCAAAAGAAGCCAGUGAUCGUCUACCGCUUCAUCAGCCGGGGUACUGUGGAUGAGAAGAUUCACAAAGUUGCUUGCGGAAAACGAAAGUUGGAAAAAGUUGUGAUUAAAAAGGGUGCAUUCAAGCUAAGUGGACCAGCGAAGAAAGCUAUUAAUGACCUUGAAGAACUCCAACAGCUUCUUGAAAGUGCAGACCACCAUAAAGAAGUUCAGUCCAACGGACUAGUAUUCACAGAUGAAGAGCUAGAGGAGCUUCUAGACCGAACUGUUGACAACGGCGAGAAUGAGGGAAAUCACUUCAAGGUGUUGGCUGCCGGAGCAUCUCAGUAACGUCUCAACAUCUCAAUGUAUGCAUCUCUUGUUUGUGUUCCUUUAAUUCGUUCAACGUUGACACCUUUGUGGCCUGUAUUUGUGAGGCAACGAUGUACUUAUGUUAAUUAAUCCUGUAGAUACUCCAGUUUAUUGAAACGUUGUUUCUAAGAAAGGUUUCAUGAGCUGUGAUAGUUGUAAUGGUUUAUUUUGCCAUAAUAUUUUUUAAUGUUGGAUAUAAGUUUCAUGGAUUCUUACUGUAUAAUACAGAUAUUUUCAACCUAAAAGUGCCUGAAUGUCAGUUUUUUCAUAUUGCUGCUCAUAUUUUAUAUUUUAUUAAUACUUUUUUAAGGUAGGUUAUGAUGUAUGUCAUAGAAAAUAACAAAUACCACCCUGACCCGUUAAUUAAAUAAGUACAUACUUAAAGUAGUGCUUCAAAUUUUUAUUUUCUUACAGUUUAUUGUUGAUUGGUUAGCUUUCAAGUUUUGCUCUGGUCUUAUUAGUUUGAAAUGAACCUGUAACCGUGUUCCAUUUUGCAUUGAUUGUGUUUUAAAUUAUGACUAUUUGUGUGAAUGUCCAACGUGUGUAAUUUACUGUCUUACCGUGUUCGUUUAGUUUCUCAUAAAACAUCUUUUACAAAAUUGACAAAAGUAUUGUAGUUACAUGUUAUUUAUUGAUUCAAAAUCAGGUUCAGUUAAGAAGCUGUUGUCAAUUCUUAGUAUUAGACUAGCUUUAAGAUGCCAUGACAAACAUCAGAAAUGCGAACAAAUGUUCCUCUUACUUAAGCAGUUGUUAAUGUGUAAACUUUUGUACAAUACAUUUUGUUACCGUUUUUUA